ACAAAUGUCGUCCAUCGUAAAGCUUUGUAUUUAGCAUUUAAACGCCGUGUGCGACUUUGUCGUUGAGAAAAUAUAGUUGCUUACUCUUCAUAAUUAUAUUUUACCCACCAAUGUUUCCUGUACAUCUGACUUCCGGCAUAUUACUGAGCAAGCCUUUUUCUGAUUGGCUCUGUGCUUUGGUGAAGUGUUUUCCCGCGUUGUGUUAGUCGGAAAGCAACACGCCGAGUUGUCAGUCGGUGGAUGUAUCAAACUAACAAUUUUGAGACAUUUUAAUCACAAGUUAACGACACUUUAAUAUUGCAACGUUAUGCCGUCAUCUUCAGAUUAUGACCAGGCCAGUCUGCCGGAUUUACUACCGCUUUACUACCGACGACUGUUUCCAUUCGCCCAGUACCACCGCUGGCUAAACUAUGGAGGAGUGCAGAAGAACUACUUCCAGAACCGGGAGUUCUCCUUCACCCUCAAAGAUGACAUCUACGUCCGCUACCAGUCUUUUACCACGCAGAACGAGCUGGAGAAGGAAAUGCAGAAAAUGAAUCCAUACAAAAUUGACAUUGGAGCAGUCUACAGUCACAGACCCAGUCAGCACAACACGGUGAAGUCUGGAUCCUUCCAGGCUCUGGAGAAGGAGCUGGUGUUUGAUAUCGACAUGACGGACUAUGAUGAUGUCAGAAGCUGUUGCAGUGCUGCAGACAUUUGUCACAAGUGCUGGACUCUGAUGACCAUCGCCAUACGAAUCCUGGACAGAGCUCUUCGAGAUGACUUUGGUUUCCAGCACCUCUUGUGGGUGUAUUCUGGCAGAAGGGGGGUUCAUUGUUGGGUGUGUGAUGAAUCUGCCAGGAAGCUUUCGGUAUCCGCUCGAUCUGCCGUGGCAGAAUACCUCAGUUUGAUUAAGGGUGGUGAAGAGACUGUAAAGAAAGUGGUGCUGACAGAUCCAAUUCAUCCCUUUAUCAGAGAGUCUCUGACAGUUGUGGAGGAUUACUUUUCCAUGUACGCGCUGCAGGACCAGGACAUACUGGGACGCAAGGAGUCUGUUGACAAAGUGCUGGGCCUUGUGCCUGAAGAUGUUCGAAAAGAGUUACAGCAGGACUUCAAAAAUGAGAGGAAACCGGAAAAUCGGUGGCAACUCAUCGUGGAACAAGCUACUAGGAAACAAGCAACUGCCAAGAAGGGUCAGCACUUUGAGAAAGAAAUUAUGUUGCAGUAUUGUUACCCACGACUCGAUGUGAAUGUCAGUAAAGGGGUAAACCAUUUGCUCAAGAGCCCUUUCAGUGUCCAUCCUAAGACUGGGCGCAUCUCCGUUCCCAUGAAUAUCAAAGACCUGGAUAAGUUUGAUCCUUUCACUGUGCCCACUAUCAGCCUGAUCUGUGAAGAGUUGGAUCGAGCCAGGCAAUGUGAAGCAACAGCGGAGGAGGAAAAGGUAGACGGCAAGGAAAAUGAGAAAGAAGCCGCAGAGAAACGAAAGAUCAGAGAUUACAAAAGAACCAGCCUUGCAAAGUAUAUAAAGUACUUUGAUCAGUUUCUGGAUGCAGUAUCUCAGUCGUGGAAAGGAGAACUUCUCAAAAAGAGUGAUCUUCAAAAGGAAUUUUGAUUUCCGGCAGCUGACGAUGCAAACUUGCAUUUCUCACAGAAAUAUUCAUGUCCAUAAAAUGUCAAAGAUAAUUUCUACAUUUGUGCUUCACAGUUUGUAAAAUACAUGUGAUACAAU